AUGGCUUAUGUUGCUAGUUGUGAAGAAGACGUUUUGCUCUUGUGUAGGAAAUACGAUAUUUCAAGACCGACAGUACAUGAAGUCAUGAAAGAUGCCGAAAAACUCAAUAAAACGUGUGAAUCUCGUUCCUUAUCUUUGAUGGUGGAGGUUAGGUUAGUUACAGCUCUUGCAAAUCACCCGUGUCUACUCCCAGAGAAUCCUCUGAAUGCUGAGGUUCAAGUGAAUUCUUUGCUUUCCUAUCUCUCCUCGCCUUGUCGCUGGGUUCGGUCGUUGGCUUGUAGUCUGUUGAGAGUAUUCACCUUAGGAUUGGAUCCUAACGGACAGCACUUUGAAACACAGGGUAAGAAAAUCGAUAAUGUUUUUAAGUACUGUACUUUUUGGUACUGAAGUCAAAAGCUAAAAUGAUACGAAGGGACUUUUUUUCGUUGCAUUAUCUAUCACGCACAAUAAGUUCUGUAGCAAGAUAUCAGUGUUAAGUAAACAACUUGAAUUUCAAGUUUUGGUAGUAUUGGGGGCAGUGGGGGGGCGUGGGGAAGAACUUUAGGGAUUUUCUGGUGAAAUGCACCAUCUGGCCCCUGGAACUUUGCAUAUAUGCAUUUAGUAAAAGCCAACUAGUGGUCUAUUAUCAAUGCUGUGUUCUGAUUGGUUGAGCUACUACUAGGCUAUAUGUUAUAGCUCACUAGUAGCGAAAAGCGCUGGCUUUAAAAACCAAAACAGUGGUGGUGGCUGAAUCGGGUUUUGCAAGCUACUGUUGUUUUGUAGGGUAAACAAAAAUAGGAACAGGGUAUCAUUUUUCAGGAAACUGAUCAGUUGGUUGAAGAUUUUAUCUAGACUAGGGAAACAGCUACUCUAGGAUAGGGGGGAUUCGGGGAGUUAACUCUAGUAUAGGGUAGCAAAAUUUAGCUGAACUAGCUCUGGUAUAGGUUAAGGGUUCCAGGGUCUCAACGGCACAUCCCCACCCAGAAAUUCCUAAAGUACCUUCCCCCCCCCCGGGCCCAGACCUAUAAACUGUGUAAAAACCGUACCCUCCAUAGCGGCACAUACCUACAUUGCCCAUAUAUGGAGGUACCUCCCCGGGGGUAGUAUCAUCCAGUUUUGCAUUGUUUUACCAAUGUGUACAUGUGAGAACUUAUCUCAUCAAAUUGUUGGCUUUACUGGCUUGCCCUCUUCAAUGAGACAGUCUAUCAUCCUCAUCAUUACAUCCAAAUAGACCUCUUUAGCUUGUAUGUAUUGUUUUCCUAAUAGAGGUCCCAGGGGAUCUUGGCCUUUUGUCUUUUCAUAAAUUAUGCGCAGAUAUGCACCUGAAUCAGACGAAAAUUUGAUAGAAACAGCUCUUUAGAGUAUUAUCACGUGACUUGUAUUGGGAAAACAAUCCUUACUAGCUGAAGAGGUCUAUUAACUGUUCUAUAAUUUUGAUUCAUUAGUAACAAUAAUAUGCAAGAAUCUUCAAACCACCUAUGAAGACUGUUCCUCCAAUACAAGGUAAAGUGCAUAAAUAUACACAGUUUUGUUACAGAAACUGCAAUAUUCUUUAAGACAGGGGUUGGAAGAAUAGAAAUCAGAUACCACUUCACAAUAGUUAUUUAACCAGCUGGAGUCUGUUCAACUGUGCUCCAUGGCUCUCGCUAUUCAUUUCUGGAAAAAAGUUUUAAGAUAAUAUGUACAUGUAAAGCCAUUUUAGAAUUAUUUAACACUAAAAUUUUGAUAUUUUAUCUCUCCAAACAGGUUUAAUGUCUGUCAGGUUAUUGCCUGUUCUUCACUUUGUUCAGUUACUAUUUCAUGUGCUGCUCUCCUUCCUCUCACUGCAGUAAAGUUUGUCCUCUUAACCUUACGAACUGUUCUAAACAUUCUGAGUGAUCCUGUCAAAUGUACAAGUAGCUUUCUAUAUCAGGUAAACCAUAAUAAUAAUAUUGUGAAAAUGGUCUCUCUAAAGUAUCGUAUUAUGAUAAUUUAGAGAGACCAUUUUCACAUUGUUUUAAGAAUGCUUCAGGAUUUUGUUUUCUCAUCAAAUUAAGGACAGAUAUUGUUGCUUAAGCCUCAUUGGUAUCAAUAGAUUUAAAUAAGAAAUGAACUCUGGUUCCUCUAGUAAAAUGUAGGCUUGAUUACCAGCUGUUGUUUGGGAAAGUUAGCCCAGCUCAUCCCCCAAAAGGAACAUAGCCCAGACUCAAGAGAGUGGUAGAGAUUGAGCCUAAGCAAAAUGAUGCUAUCAUGAAAAAUUGCCUUUUGCCAACGGUAACAUACUCUAAUGUAUACCCUUUUCUGCAAAGAGGGUACCUGGGUAUCAGGUGAUCAUAAAGGUACAAGCAUGUUGUUCAGUGUUCAGUUCAAAGUAAACUCCACUGUUUGAUUUCCUUGGUCACUGACAGGGCUCUCAUUAAGAGCAGGGGGCCUGGGAUUUUCCCUGGUUGCUAUAAUUAAUGUGGCCCCUGGCUACCUUCAUUGGAAAAUAGAAGAAAAAUGGAACCAAAAGAAAUCCCUAGCUAUUUUAUUCUCUAACGACUUGUGGUAUUUACCCAGCAACUUGAAAACUUAGUGACAACCCUGCACUGUCCUUAGUAUGUCACCAAUUUGCUUCUUGCAUAAAAUGCUUAGCAAUAAUAAUGAAUGUCAAAAGGCAGAUGAUCUGGACUUCCCUAAAGCACACUGUAUCAGUUUUUUCUAGUUCUUUACAGUUAGGAGAAUAAACACCUCUCUUCUUUUAAAUGCCUUCUUUCUAUUAAACUCAUCCUCUUGGAGCGACAAAAUUUAGUGGGCGUCUUUUAGAUCAUUUAUGGUUGGGAGCUUGAUUUCCAAAUGGAGUGCUUGAUCAACCUAAAUACAGCAGCUCUUCAAUUUCUAUUGAUAGGUUGCAAUGGAUGGGCUGGCCAAACUCUUCAAAUGUCCUGCAACAUGGAAUUCUUUAUCUGUACUCGAGAAGCGGGAUGCAGUAACAGAAUAUCUGCCGAUAUUUUUUGACCAGUCACCAUCUACAUGUAAGACUGUUACUGACACAACAAUGGCAAAGAUGCUUGAAGUCUUUGACAAUUCGGAUGUGUUGAGUCUCAUACUGAACUUGCCAGACAGCAGACAAACACUAAGGAAAUUGCUCAAAAUGCUGCUGGAAUUAUUACCCCCAAUCUCUACAUCAAAUGGUAAGUUGAAAAUGUACUCAAAAUAUAUAUACUCAUUGGAGAUUUUUUUCCUGUUUACUUGUGUUUUCUUCACAUUAAACCCAAUAAACACUUAGUAUGCAUAGAAUUAAUGCUUUGUUGUCUUCUGGAUAACAUGAUAUAAUAGCUAGGAUUCCCCAAAAGACCAGGUCAGAAUCAAACUAAGCAGUGCCAGGUUCCCUCUGCUUACAUCAAAAUAAAGUCUUUUAGCUCUCUUAAGGGGGGAGUCUAGUUAAAAGCAUUGUUUUUCGUUUAUUUCCGUCCUCUUUCUUAAAUCGAAAAAUGACUCAAUUAGGUCUGGAGUCCUUGUUUCAAUAAUUUUUGGAAAAUUUUUUGAGGAUUUUUCGAAUGGUUUUAGUGUAAAAAAAUUAGAGGAGGGAGAGUAUUAGCAAUUUUGGAAAAUUGGAAAAUAUUGGAUUUAGGGUCGUUAGAAAUUAAAACAUGAAGUGAGUCAUUAGUCGACAAUUACCAGAUAGUCGAACACCACUGCAAGGUGCUAUUAGCGGACUAAGUGGUUUAUCUGUACAUUUAUACCUUUCCUACCCUAAUUUAUUUCCUUUCCAAAUCAACAUCAUUUCCCCCAAAAAAUCACCCAGACUGCUCCCUUAACAGACUAACCCUUAGCUAAAACUAACACCUUGCGCUGGUUCCUUCUGUUCUUUUAUCAUUUUCGUGUUGGAUUCUCUAAGUUGCGGAUGCUAUCACUGUCAAUCAUAACUUUCCAGCCAAAUCAUUCCAUUCCUAAAUAUUACGCACGGCAGUGGUGGUUUUGGCUUAACUGCAGAACACCCUGCCACUUUAAAGCAACUCCAUGGGUUUUUAGCGAAAACUCUCAAAGAAAGCCUAUUUCGUUUUUGCAAAGACCAGCCAGCCGGCCAGUUCUGACUUACGGUAAGCGCCUUUAUUUUCGGUCCCAACGUCAGCUGACUUAGCCUGGGUACCAGAGGUUUUUCUCGCGUGCGGCGAAGCCGCGAGAAAAACGCUUUUCGCGCGGGUCACUAUAAUAAAGACUUGACAGAAACCGGAAACCGCGCUAGAAAAGUCUCUGGCUGUGACACCCAGAGUACAGCUGACUGUACAUGUGUGUCGUAUUCAACCAUCUUAUAAUUUGAGUCAGUUCUGGACCAUGGGUGCUUUCAUUAUGCCAAAAUCAUCGGCUUGGUAAAUUUCGGUCGAGAAAUAAAUGGAAUGCUUCGAUUCGCGUGGAAAUUUUCCGGUCAAAGUCGUCCAUCUCCAGAGGUGGUCGUCUUUAACCAGUCGGUCCGGUCCGGUCCGACCGAAACUUGCCUUUCCAUUUCCAAGAAUUAUCCUUUCCAGUCCUUUUUUGCUAAGAAGAAAUCAAAAAUUCGGUCGAAACGCAAAUGGAUCGCUUCGAUUCGACUGGAAACAUUAUUUCAGUCGAAUAAUGUCGUGCCAUUUUCUCUUGAUAAUUUCACUGGUUUUUGACUGGUUCGACAUGGAAAGCAGCCAUCAUUUAGGUUACAUUUCCUCUACCUCGUCUACCAGUGUCGUUGGGGGCAGCCAUGCCAUUUCUUACAUCCCCCGCGUUUUCCAGGAUACGGCAAUGGCACAGGAUACGCGUGCCUCUCUUUUGUGUUCUAUGCCAAAUAUGCCCUAUUCACACCAACAAGUUUAGCUAAACCAAGUUUGCCAAAAUGAUGAUUGGUAAAAGAAAACUGAAGGACUGGCUUUUACACAAUUACAUAGAGUUCAAGUAAAUCAUGGCUUAUGAAAUCACUUGUACCAAAUUUGUUGUUGACAAAAAUCAUUAAGCAGCUAUUUAUACUGUACAGUCAACUCUCUCUAAGACGGACACCUUUGGGAACGUCUUAGGGAGGUGUCCGUCUUAUAGACAGUCAAAUAAAGGCAGUAAAGAAAGGCAGGGACCAACUCUAAGUGUCCGUUUUACAGAGGUGUCCGUUAAGAGAGAGUCGACUGUCUCCCCAAAAUCCUCAAAACACGAACUGGCAGUGAAAUGCUUCUUACCUUCUUUCUUUCAGAAAUCCCGCUCCUCAACGUUCGCUGGAAAUCACUGAGCGUCAUUUAUAAAAUGAUUCAGCUUGUUAAAACUCAUGACGUUUCUAAACUUGACAGUUUAUUUGAUAGAGCUUGCUGUGACCCCCAGCAAAUAAGUCAACUUAGUACAGUUUUAAGAAAUACGUUUACAGAUAUAACAUUUUGACCCCUGAAGACACAUAAACCCCCCAAAAAAUUUUACUCGAGAAUUUCCAAAUAUCUUACUCCUCUCAUCGCUUAUUCAUUGGGAAAAUUUCUC